CCUCCUUAGCCUCCCACAUUCCAGCUGCAGCGCUAAACAAAAGCAUGCGUUUUAAAUUGCAAAUUUGAAUUUCAUGUUUUUCUGUCUAGCCAGGGUGAAUUUCUCGCCAUUGCUCCUCCUUAUUUAAAGUCCUGGCCUACAGAAGGCUUACAAAUUUAGUUUUUUAUCAGUUGGCAAACAGCACUUCUUUAUCUUUUUCAACCUCCUCCGUCUCAUAUUGCUUGGCUUCACCUCAUUACAACUACAGCAGACCAAAACAAACCAUAAAUUCAAAAGAGAUGAGUGAAAAUAAGAACAAAGCGUUGGUGUUGGUGCCGCCGUUGGUGGUUGUCGACACUGACCCGGGCACGGACGAUGCCCUGGCCCUGUACAUGCUCCUGGCUGCUGACAAGAGAAAAAUGAUCAAACUGGUUGCAGUGACUUGUGUCGACGGAAACACAAGUGUUCACCAUGGAACCAGAAAUGCACUCAGAGUCCUUCAAUCGGUCGACCGACUAGAUGUUCCAGUUUUCAAAGGCGCUGUCGAACCACUUAUCGUGGAACCAGUGCCCAAAGAUGAAAGUCGUGUGUCCCACGCUGGCUACCACGGAGAGGAUGGAUUUGGUGGUGCCAAGUUUGACAAAGAGCCAGACUUGGGACUGAUCCAAAAUAAAACUGCUGUUGCUGGGUUGACUGACUUGGCCAGACAAUACAAGGGGCGCCUCAGCCUAGUGUGUGUAGGACCACUGACAAAUGUUGCCCUUGCGAUCAAAAGUGACCCAGAAUUUGCAGGAAAUAUCAAAGACAUUUUUGUAAUGGGUGGAAAUAUGUCUGGUGUUGGCAAUGUUACCUCAUGUGCAGAGUUUAACUUUUUCCACGAUCCUGAAGCUGCACACAUUGUUCUGGCCAACGCUCAAAGUCACAUUACUCUUGUGCCAUGGGAGCCUACCAAGGCUCAAGGAAUGUCAUACGAAUGGAGGGAAAAAGUUUUUGGAAAGGCCAAUACAAAGCAGAUCGAGCUGCUCAACAAAAUCGAGCAGACUGUAAAUGAAAAGAGCAAGAAUCCCUCUUGGAUUCCGUGUGAUUCAUUCAUCACAGCUGCUUUCAUUGACCCGUCCAUUAUCACAAAGCUUGAAACAUACCAUCUCACUGUUGAGCUGCACGGCGUGCGCACUAGGGGUCAAGUGGUCAUUGAUCAUUUGCGCAAAUGUGAUGACAAUGUGAAACUAAUCAAAGAGGUAGAUCUGGAAAAGUUCAAGCAACUGAUGUACAUGGCCGUUGACCACCCCAACUGUGUUUUGUAAAAGAAAUCAACAGGCAAGUUUCGUCAAAUUAUUUUUAGGCUUCUCUGAAGGAAUAUUUUUUGGUAAAAAUUGAAACCAAAAAUAAAACUGCAUAUUUGUAUAAAAUUUAAAAAUAAAUAUUUGGUUUAUUUUGCUAAUUAUUAAUAAUAAUAUCAGAGUUGUCAGCAAUCCACUGCAAAUAGCAGGUGAGGCGCACAUAAACUUGAGGCGCUGCAUUUUCGCAGGCAAAAGGGUGACCGAAGCUGCUCACUCCUUGCACUUGCCAUUCCAAAGAGUCGUUUUCAAAAGCCAGAGCUCCUCCCGUGUCACCCUGAUUCAUUAAUUUAUUUUACUUAUUUAAAUAAAUGACAAUAAUUAACAUACACUGCAAAAUCCUUUUGUUCCCACGUCAGAGCUGACGCAGAUGUGGCACUCGGUCACAAGUUCUUCGUUAAAAGUUAUCUGGCAUUCUUGGAUGGGAACAACCAACAAAUCCACAUAUCGCAGGGAUUCGCUCAAAUAUGGAAUGGCUUUUUGAAAAAAAUAGUACAAAAUUUAAAAUAUUUAAUAAUUAAUUUACUAUCGUCAAUGGUUCCCCAUCCAGACAAUCUUCCGAUUUUUCCUUCAAGCGUGGAGUUUGCCUGUGACCAGGUCGGCAAGAGAAUUGGGACAAUAUCUGUGAAAUUAUUUUUAGGAUUUUCUUAAAAAAAAAAUCUUUGUGUAUAUACUUGGCUGUGAUACAGGAGCUGUGAGCCUUAAGAGCGCUAUAUCGUUUUUGCUUCCGACAAUGUCAAAAUUUUCAUGCACAAUUUUGUCAAACGUGACGUCAACAAAAAGCCCAGGCUCGUUUAAAUUUGUGCGCUCAUUAUUUCCCAGAUGAAUCUCAAAUCUGUUAGCGCUGAAAAUGAUUAAAUUUAAUUUAUAAAAGUUUUUUAAUUUCAAAAAAAAAUCCAAACUUGUGAAUGCAGUGAGCUGCGGUCAAAACAUAUUGAGGAGAAAUCAAAGAGCCGCCGCAAAAUCUUGUUUCAUCAAUAAAUACGCCCGCUUGAUAUGGAAACUGUCCUGAUAGUGCCACAGUUCCUCCAAUUAUUCUUUCAUUUAUGGAAAACGCCUAAAAAAAAUAUUAGUUUUCCCAAUUUUUGACGAAAAUUCUUACUUUUAUGUCAGCUGCCAGAAGAACACAAAGUGUCACCAAAAAUUUAAUGCAGACCAUCGUAAUCGCUCACUGACUUUGAAUAAUAUCAAAACACCGUCUUUCUUUAUAUAUGAAAAUGUGCCCUUCUUGUGGAAUGGGAAAACGCACACGGUUAUUCCGUAUCACUUUUUCUUAUCGUCUAAUUAACUUUACCUAUCAAUCUCUGCAUUUAUAUGAUUAUGUAACUACACCAUUUAAAACGCAAAAAGUCAAAUUAAAAUUGAUAUUCAAUUUAUUCUCUAAUAAUGACACCGCCGUUGACUUCGAGCCAGUCGAGGUGUCCACUGAGACGGGCGAAACCCUGAGGGCCAACUCCUUCACAGCCGUCGUCAGCGACAUAGUUAGCGAUUCCAAUCACAGUGUCUAGACCGUCGCUAUCGACAAUGACCAACGGGCCGCCAGCGUCGGACUAAAUUAUUGAAUCAUUUUUUUUUUUUAAUUAUUCAGAUUGGCCAAUUUAAUUGUUUUUUUAUACGUUGCAAGUGCCGGCCGUGCCAAAGCUGGUGUCGAUGCAAAUUUGACUUGCGUCGUAAAGGUUGCCGUAGUAGGCGAGGCAAAGGUCGUCGUAAAUGGUGGUCACGUCCACGUAGAGCAGGUCGGGGUUGAUGGCGUUUUCACCUUCGUAAGUCCAUCCCCAGCCAGCGGUGCGUGCGGGGAUGUCUUCGAAUUUCAAGCCGUUUUGCGACCAACCAGGCAAACGUGCAGUUUGAAUGGCUGUUUAAUUUUAUCUUUUUUUUUUAAAUAAUAUUUUUUUUUAAAUUUUUUUCUUACUGGAGGUGAGGUUGAUCCUCGAAUCGAACUCAAUGACGGCGAUGUCAUUGGCCAAAGUGAAAUCGUCGUAGGCCUGGUGAACCCUGACUUUGGUCGCGGUCACAACAAGGCGGCCGGGUUCAGCCGCGUUGUUGUAGUUCAGAGCACCGAGAAUGACUUCAUAAUAGACUCCUCUGAAUUUUUUAGUAUCAAAUAAGUAGGAUAAUCCUUUGGUACAUUUUUAUUUAUACCCAGUGGUGCAAUGGGCAGCGGUGAGGACAGUGUAAUCAGAAAUGAGGACUCCGCCGCAAAAUUCAACUCCAUUAUUUAAAACAGCGGCAAUAUAAGGGAACUGACCAGCGGUGGCGAGAGAUCCACCAAUAAUUUUUGACGAUUUUUUGUUAUAGGCUUUGCAAAUUAAAAUAAAAUUAGUAUUUGCUUCCAAUUUAAGUGAGAAUACCUUUUCUGAGCAGGGGACUGGAUUUAACCCUGAACGCCGGCCUCACUGCAGACCAGUCGACGGCCUGUUUGAAAAAUAAUUCCGUUUUUUUAUUUCACCUCGCGAAUUUCUUAAAAUGAAAUUUAUACCUCAGAGAGAGCCAGAAGAGCUAAAAUUGCUAUGGCACUUUUCCACAUCUUGAGAUUUAUUCAACAAUUGGACACUUUAAAUUUUUAACUCUCUUAUAUAACUAUAAUGCUCUUUUUAUCUUGUGGUGCAUCAGUCUGGCUGAUUAAAUCUUAUCAAUAGUGGUCAAGAGAAAAUUUGGCUUGAUUGGUUGUGAUAAAAAAAACCCGCAUCCAUUUCCAAGCAAACAAAAACCACUCCUGAAUGCCUCUUUUUGAUUAUUUAAUAUCAAGUUUUUAUCUUCGAUUGGACUCUCCAUGACACCAAUAGCAGCAAAAUCUUUUGCGCUUUUUAAAAUGAUUAAAAGUUUGGCUUUUGAAUUAUUUCUCUCAGAAGACUGCGUUAGAUAUUCAUUUUAAAUCAAUCAGCUUUGAGAGAAAACGAAAUAUUGCAGUAAAAUAGAGUUUUUAAGUUUUUAUUAUUUUCUUCUAUUUUUUUUUUUUUUUUGUGAAAACUUUUGGCUUGCUCCUGAACUCAAUUCACAUUGAAAAAGACAUAAUGUAAUCUUGUAAUGUGUAAAUCAAACAAGCAAUAUUAUCAGAAAAAAGCUCUUCAAUAUACAAAAUUGUUUUUUGUUUAAUUGUUUAUUGUUUCAAUAUAAACCAUUUUUAAUGACAAAGAUUUCAUGUAUUUUGGCAGCCGCCAUAAAGGUAAAAUUUUAAUAAAAUACGGAGAAAACUUGGAAACUUCUGUGCUUCAGUUGUUGAAAUGAAAUUGGCAAUUCGCCCAUAAAGUUACCCCUCCUGAGAUGCGCAACAACCAGUUUGAACUGCAAAACCGGCUGGCCGUUUGUUCGCAUUGCGUCGCUUUUCUACACCUGAAGCGGCGCUUUAAAACACAACACAGAAAGUAAAAAACUACGGCGAAAUGGCAACGGCAAACCUGACCGCUGUUCUUUAUAAGGCCAAUGAUUUGCGACUGG